UUUGCACUUGAGGCCAGCGAGAGUCUUCUUCAAGUCACACGCCAUUCACUAGGAGAGAUAUUAAACCGCGAGACACAAGGAGCGCACGCGGGUAUAGCUGCAGAGUGAGGACAUUCUUAAAAUUCUGUGAGGCGUCGAAAAAGUGAACACAUCAAAGUCGAACACGUGACUGGUCUUAAAUCUCACAGAAUCAUUCGUGAACAGGAAAGGCAAGAAAACAUGUCCCCAAACAAAACGAAGACAUUACUCCGCGAGGCGUCUCACCAAGUUAUCGCCGGUGGAUCCGCAGGCUUGGUGGAAAUCUGUCUUAUGCAUCCAUUAGAUGUGGUAAAAACAAGAUUUCAGCUCCAGAGAGGGACGAGUGACCCCAACAGCUACAGGAGCCUAGGACACUGCUUCAGCACCAUCUUCCGCAGCGAAGGUGUGUAUGGGUUUUAUAAGGGAAUCUUGCCACCUAUCCUGGCAGAGACACCCAAAAGGGCAGUUAAGUUUCUUACCUUUGAGCAGUACAAGAAAGCCCUGAGCUUUACCUCUAUGUCUCCUGGACUCGCUCUGUCAGUGGCAGGCCUGGGGUCAGGCUUGACUGAAGCUCUUGUAGUGAACCCAUUUGAGGUGGUGAAAGUGAGCCUGCAGGCCAACAGAGACUCCUUCAAAGAGCAACCCUCCACGUUUGGACAGGCUCGCCGGAUCAUCAACGCCGACGGCUUGGGGCUGCGGGGCCUCAACAAGGGCCUGACGUCCACGCUGGGCCGCCACGGCGUCUUCAACAUGAUCUACUUUGGCUUCUACUUCAACGUCAAAGACGCCAUCCCCGCCAGCCAGGACCCCAGGUUGGAGUUCAUGAGGAAGUUUGCCAUUGGCUUGACGUCCGGCACGAUCUCGUCCUGUGUCAACAUUCCCUUUGACGUGGCGAAGAGUCGCAUCCAGGGCCCGCAGCCCGUGCCCGGGGAGAUCAAGUACCGCAGCUGCUUCCAGAGCAUGGCCCUGGUGUACCGCGAAGAGGGUUAUCUGGCACUGUACAAAGGAUUGGUGCCCAAGAUUAUGAGGCUUGGACCAGGAGGGGCGGUCAUGCUGCUGGUAUACGAGUAUGUGUCGGGCUGGCUCCAGAAACACUGGUGACCACUUGGCCUCCAUGCCGUGGUCCAUCAGGGUACCGUGGGUCUCACCACCAUCCCAGCACCUGAGCGUGGCGUCACCCCUCAUCAGAGUCGACUGGGAGCCUGAAUGGGUCAUGGCCUAUAAACCUCAUAUUGGAUCUGCUUGUGGAUAUUCCUAAUGACCUCUUUGAAAGACAUUCAGACAUUCAGACAUCAGAAACAUUAAUCACAAGGACCACAUCUUCAUUAUUUUGCUUCCAGAAAUAUGUAUUUGUAUUUUUUUUAAAUGCUACAUUUUUCUUGCAAUUUUUUUUCUUGCAUGUUUUCCAGUGUGUAAAUCACAACAGCAUAGUGGACUUCAGAAAAGAGAUUAAUUGGUUGACUAAUGCUCAAACAGCCCCCUCUAUGAGAUCAUGAUGCUCCGGCCCUGAGCUCGAUACUGAAUCCUGUAACAUCCAGUUCAAAAGUAAUGCAGCCAUUUGUCUACAGCGUCCAUUGACAAACUGCCUGCACAAGGCAUAACUGCCGCUUCGUCCCCCUGCUAAAGUGAAAUCUCUCAAUUUUGUAAACCUGUUUUUCAGAGACAAGUCACUCGCUGAAUUGCUUUUGAUUGGAGAUUUUGUCCACUGAAGACUAAAUUUAAUCCAGAUCUGAAGUUAAUGCGUGUCUGGGAAUGGAGCCCAGUCUUUUUUUUUAAGGUUACUGAGGUUUUCCAAUCUGUGUUAUAAAUUUGUGUACCAGUUUUUGGUUUGACCUAUAAAUCCAAUCAAGGGAUUGUGUGUUGUUAAGUCAUUUCUUUCAUUCAGUAUUUAAUGAUAUUUUUAUGGCUCGCAUUUCCUUCUUUUGAAGGGGCUAACAGAGACGUUAAGGAAAGAAACAUGGAGACUGAAAAACUGAAGAUAUCUUUUGUCUGGAAAAGAGAGUUGGUGGUCUAUGCGAGUUUCUAUGCAGUUGGAGCAUUCUGCAAAUAACACAAAUCAACAGUUGAUAAGGGAAUUGUUGUGAGCGAGAGAACUUAUAUUGUCCCUAGAAAUGAUUGUGUACCUGGCAGUAUUUUUACUGGUAGAUUUGAAUUUAGUUAAUUCAUUAUUAAUUAAUGCUUUUUUGAAAUGAUUUCAUAAAAUGAAAGAUAAAGUCUUAAAUUAAUAAUAAGAAUAAGAAAGGUGAAUACUUGCCAAACGGAUGUGUAACUGACAUUGGGCGUGCUAACUUGGCAUUAAACACUGGUACUUCA